AAAAAAAGUAAAAAGCAAUGUUCAGCCGACGGACGUCGUUUCGACUUUUGUAUUCCAUCAUGCAAUAAUUUUUUCAUACAUGAAUACCUCGUAUAAAAGUGUUUUAAAUGGUGUCGCGGUCGUGAAACCUAGUUAGAUUUUAGUUAAAAAUGAUAUUUUAGUGUUUGAUUUUCUACAGUUCAUGUUAUAGUUCUUGAUAGGUCUGUGACAAGUACGGUAAUGGUGGCCAUGUCAUGAAAAUCCCCACAGCCAUGGAUGAUAGCUCCGUAUCUCAUCACAACGGAGGGCAAGUGGGAUCUCAGAUAGGAGUUAGUGUAAAUAACAAACAAAAUGAAGAAUCUAGUCAAAGUGUCCAGUAUUCAAUACCGGGCGUUUUGCAUUUUAUUCAACACGAAUGGGCGAGAUUCGAACUGGAGAGAUCACAAUGGGAGGUGGACAGAGCAGAGUUUGAGGCGAGGAUCGCCUUCCUGCAAGGUGAGAGGAAGGGCCAAGAAAAUCUAAAGAAUGAUCUUGUAAGGCGGAUCAAAAUGCUUGAGUAUGCGCUUAAACAAGAAAGAGCCAAGUUCCACAGGCUCAAGUUUGGUGUGGAACUUCAGCAGGGAGAUAUGCGCCCACCGCCUGAUGAACCGCCGCAAGAACCGGAGCCUGCUGAAAGAGCCCAAUGGAAACAAGGGCACCAACUCAUUAAGCAAUAUCUACAGGAAAUAGGUUAUACAGAUACCAUUCUUGAUGUACGUUCAAACAAAGUAAGGACCCUAUUGGGAUUAAAUAAUGAAGAACAAGGGGAGGACCCUAGUUACAGAAACUGUGAUAAACAGCAACAUUAUUCAAUGAACACUGCCUUAAGUCGCAAGAUGUAUGACUAUGGUAAAGAGCAGCGCAAAGCGGGCGUCUCACAAGGGGGUGGCUAUAAUGAGGAGGGUCUCUCUGUGCAAGAGACGGCAGCAGUAUUUGCGAAUUUUGAAUUUCUAGCCAAUCAGGAAAUGGAUAUGGACGAGAUAGAUGACUUAGAUGCCAAACAAAUGCACCACUCUACAGGGAAGCAAGGCGAAGAGGUAGACAAUGACGCGGAGGAAGUAUUAAAUGAGCUGAACCUCCUAACAGAAAGUGAAGCUGAUGGUGGCGGGCAGGGAGAUGAAUAUCCUGCUGUGAAAUUCCCGCACGGCGCUGGCGCGGUGUCGGGCGGCGGCGAGGCGGACGAUAAGCCGCUGGCGCUGGGCGAGCUGGCGCAGCUCACCGUCAGCAACGAGGCCGAGGGCUACGACGUGGCCAGCGCCAGCAAGGAGUCCUUCCGCAAGACGUGGAACGCCAAAUACACUCUGCGCUCGCACUUUGACGGGGUGCGCGCGCUGGCCUUCCACCCGACCGAGGCGGCGCUGGUGACGGCGUCGGAGGACCACACGCUGAAGCUGUGGAACCUGCAGCGCACGGUGCCCGCCAAGAAGUCGGCGGGGCUGGACGUGGAGCCGCUGUACACGUUCCGCGCGCACACGGCGCCCGUGCUGUGCCUCGCCAUGGGCAUGCCGCGCUCCGAGGAGUGUUUCUCCGGCGGGCUGGACGGCACCAUCCGCGUGUGGAACCUGCCGCCGCCCAGCGCCGACCCCUACGACCCGUACGACCCCGCCGUGCAGGGGCCGGUGCUGCGCGAUCACACGGACGCGGUGUGGUCGCUGGCCAGCGCGCACGGGCGCCUGCUGUCGGCGUCGGCGGACGGCACGGCGCGGCUGUGGGCGCCGCGCGCGCCGCGCCCGCUGCUGGCCACGCUGCGCGACGACGUCAACGCCAACGCCGCGCCCGCCGCCGCGGACUUCGCCGACGCCGCCUCGCGCGCCGCCGUCGUCUACCGCGACGGGAACCUGCUGCUCUUCGACCUCGAGACCGGACAGGCCGUGCUGCGCGUGUCGUGCGACAGCCUGGCGCACCGCGUGCGCGCGCACCCCACGCUGCCGCUGCUGGUGACGGCGCACGAGGACCGCCACAUCCGCUUCUGGGACGCGGCGUCGGGCCGCUGCGCGCACGCCAUGGUGGCGCACCUGGACGCCGUGACGGGGCUGGCGCUGGACCCCAACGGGCUGUUCCUGCUGUCGGGCAGCCACGACUGCUCCGUGCGCCUGUGGAACCUCGACACCAAGACGUGCGUGCAGGAGAUCACGGCGCACCGCAAGAAGUUCGACGAGAGCAUCCUGGACGUGGCCUUCCACCCGCUGCGGCCGUACAUCGCCAGCGCGGGCGCCGACGGGCUCGCCAAGGUGUUCGUCUGAGCCGCCCCCACAUGUAUAGACAUUUGAAAUCUAUUAUAAUAUAUUUUUAGAUUUUCAGUAUGUGAAUUUUAGGUUUUUAUCGCAAACUUUUUCACCGAUUUUACGAUACGCAGUGAGAAUUUAUUGUUCGUUUCUUAUUGCAUCUGUAAGCGAGACGUUUGUAAUAAAUAUCAUACGGACAUGGACGAGUUUCCUUGGCGCGGUUGCGUGUCUGUCUGUACAGUUAGAGUUCCGCAGUGUUUGCUAAUAUUUCGCAAAGUACGGACGUGGUUCGAUUAGUUGGUACGUUUUAUUUAAAUAAAUCGGAUCUAUCUAUAUAAUAUAGUUAGUGUACUGUCUUGUUUUGUCACUUGUAUUGAAUAACUAUGCUCUCACGAUAUCUUAUACGAAUGAUGAGCGAGCGAACAAAAAUAUGAAUGAGUAGAAAGUACUAUAUGGGAAGUAACAUAAGUAAUGUUUGUUCAUAACGCAUACUGCGAUGUAGAAUAUAUAUAUAUAUUAUAAAAACAUUACAUAUUCCUUUAUUUUCCUCGAAUUCUUGUACACAUCCAAAAUUGAUAGUAAAAAAACAACGUAACCGAAACUCAUAA